CAUCUGAAUUCUUUGACUUAUGGGUCUUGUCUUUUUGCCCUAUCUAAUUCUUUUUACGCACGGCCUAGACGGUUUGCCGUGAUCCAACAUGAUUGAAAAUGCGAAUGAAAAUACUAAUUUGGGACUUAAUCAUGAAGAUGAUAACACUGGAGCAACUGGCAGUGGAGAUCUUGAAGUGGUCGAAGUGGUGUCAGGAUUUUCAAAAUUUGACGAUUAUAUGAAGGCUGGAUAUGAUGCUCUAAAAGCUGGAAUCAAAGCAUCGAAUGGAUUGCCCCAAGGAGAAAAUUAUAAUUAUUACAGUUGUUUUUCUAGUUUUAAUAACAUUAAAAAUGGUGAAAUAAAUAAGCUGUUAAGUUCAAUGCAAUGCAUUCUUGAACUGGUGGGCGUUGGUGGAAAUAUCAGAAGAGGGGAAAUUGAAGAUAAAUUUGAACUUUUAUUAGAGGCUAAUGAUAUUUUUCAAGAUCGUGCAGGAAUUUGUAUGGAUGAAGAGUCUGGAAUAACAAAAAAUGCUGGAGUAGAAUUGGUUGUAUCCCAAGCAAGACCACAAAAUGUAACUGGAAGUUGGAAUACAUUGACAUCACUUCAAAAUCAUAGGAAAUCCAAUUCCGGUGUUGAGACCAUGCGUUUGUUGGCAGCAAGAAACAUUCACAGGCCACAGUUAACCUUCAAAGACAAAAUUGAUAAUAGUUCUAAGCCAUGGGAACCUAGAAUAAAAGAUAAACCUAAUUCAUUAAAACCAUUGGCUAUAUACCUUGAAGAAGGUAAAGAAGGAGAACAGUUCAAUCAUCCAUAUGAGUUCGAGCUUGACAAAUUUCAACCAUCUGAACAUCAGUUGCAGAGCUCUGAACCUAUCAAGUAUAAACCUGUUGGAGAGACUCCUCUGAUUAUUAUCGAAAAGCCAGAGGAUAUUAAAAUAUUAUUAGAUGACUUAAAAAACUAUGAUGAAAUUGCAAUUGACUUAGAGCAUCAUUCAUACAGAUCAUUUCAAGGUAUUACUUGUUUAAUGCAGAUAUCAACUCGGGAUACAGAUUACCUUAUAGAUACGUUAACAUUAAGAUCUGAGCUGUAUGAAUUGAAUGAAAUCUUCACAAAGCCUUCAGUUUUAAAGGUCUUUCAUGGUGCUGACUGUGAUAUUCAGUGGCUACAAAGAGACCUCUCUUUGUACAUUGUUAAUAUGUUUGAUACUCAUCAAGCAGCAAAGCACUUGAAUCUGCCUUACUUAAGUUUAGGCUACUUACUAAAGCAUUAUUGUGGGGUUGAUCCUAAUAAACACUUCCAACUGGCUGAUUGGCGCAUCCGACCCUUGCCAGAAGAAUUGAUGAAAUAUGCCAGAGAAGAUACACAUUUUCUCUUGUAUAUAAAAGAUAUAUUAAGAAAUGAUUUGAUCAAGACAGCCAAUGGUAAGAGUAACAUACUUAAAGCAGUAUAUGAUCGAAGUACUGAGAUCUGUAAACAUACAUAUGUGAAGCCUAUAUAUACCGAAGAAAGCUAUUUGGGUAUAUACAGAAAAAGUCAGAAAAUGUUCAAUAACAAACAACUGUAUGCCCUAAAGGAAUUAUAUAAGUGGAGAGAUAUUACUGCUAGACUGGAGGAUGAUAGUACUGCUUAUAUCCUACCAAAUCAUAUGUUAUUGAACAUUGCUGAAACACUCCCUCGAGAAAUGCAAGGCAUAUUAGCCUGUUGCAAUCCCAUUCCACCUUUAGUUCGACAAAAUCUAUUGAAGCUUCAUAAGAUUAUUCUGAAAGCUAGAGAUGAACCAUUGAUAAAACCUGUCCUUGAAGAAGAUUUGAGGCAACGUUUAACCCAAAGAAAUCAAGCUGUUGACUCGGAUACUUGGCUUUAUUCUCCACAUGACUUACCAAGUGGUAUGGAAAUUCGUGGAGACUUGCCCUGUCUUUUGGAUUUUGAUUCAUCAAAGGAAAUUCCAAUAAUGAAUAUGAAGAUCAAGCCCACAAUUUCAUUGUUUGGUAGUCCAGCCAUCUCUGACGAUGAAGAAGUAGAAAUGCAAAAAACUGUAAAAAGAAAAAAGGUGCUUUUUGUGAGCCCAUUUGAAAGGUAUAAAAAGGUGAUACCAAUGAUAGCUGCAGAAGAAGCAAAGGAAAGAGCUAUAGAAGUAGACAAAGAACAAGAACGACUGAAAAAUAUAGAGAAGGAUAAACAACAUACCGUUGAAAGUAUAGAGCGUGUUCACGAUCACUUUAAACAAGUUGCUAAUGCGAUAAACAAAGAUACUAAAAAGAGUAAGAGAAAAAAACGCGCUCGAGUGUUGAUGAAUGAAAUUCAUGGUAAAAAGAGAAAGAAAGAAUCUAAUAUAAAUACCCCAAGUGAGCAGCAGGAAAAGGCAGAACUAGAUAUGACAAAUCCAAUUCCAUCAUUGGAUGCUGCAAUAGUACAGGGUUAUAAAAAGAAACCUGCCAUGAUGGAAGAAGUACAAAAUAUACAGAAAACGUUUGCUGAUUCUCAACAGGAGAACAGUAACAAAAUCAAACCUCUGAGAGGUUCACAGAGAAACGAUAAAAAAAAUAAUCGAAAAGAAUUACAGGAAAAGGGCAUGUUACCUUCAGAUUCAUUUAAUUAUAAAACUGUAGACUUCAGUAGUUUUCAAGGCGGUAGUAUGACAAACGUAAAACCAGCAGUCUUCCAACCACAAAAGCUGCAACACAAGAAAUCGAAAAAAGGAAACAAAAAACGCAAGAAGAAAAAUCCAGCUAAAGUACAAUAAUUUUACCGAAUACAUUUUUUUACACAUCUAUCAAUACGAUGUAUCUCGUUACAAAAGGCUUCAUGGGAUUCUUCCUAAGAAACCCAAACAGAGACUAUUCAAAAACGAUAUGGUUGAAGUUUCAAACAUUUUUCUACUUGUUCUUAAUCAAUCUAUGCCUACUAAUCACAUCUCGUGAAGUGCGAAUUUGCUGCAUGAGAUAGCAAACCCUUUUCAACAUACCAAGACGCUUAUUAUCGAAUGAAGGAGAUAAUGCACUAAUUCGUUUUAAUUUUCAGCGUUCUAAACUUGAGCCAGGUCUAGAGGCAUCUUGUGUAUCAAUGCGUUAAACGUUGUAUUAUUUUCAAAUGAGUAGAAACGAAUGUUCAGUGGUUAUCCUUCCGGUGAAAGCUUUUUUCUCUUUACAUUGUAACACUCAACAAUAAAGUAUACUCAUUGUGGGCCUGA